ACCAAUCCCCAGAGUCGGUCACAACUAGACUUAAUGUCAGGGGAAAACCUUUACCUUUAGUUUAUGUAUAAAAUUACUUUCAUGUUAUGUGUAUAAAGUGUAUAUGAAGCGUAAAUGGAUUUUAUGUUCCCAUCUCCAAGAUAUGUCAUUUUGUACAUAUAUGCAAAUUCAAGUAUUUUUAAAAACCCAAAAUAUUUCAAAAUCUGCAACACUUCUGGCCCCAAGCAUUUCAGUAUAAGGGGUAUUCAACCUACUGUCAUUGUGCCUCAUAAAGAUUCCGCAUGUUAUCGACAUUUUUGGCAUUACUAAUAGUUUUCAGUGAUGUUGGAAGUUGGAUGAGAGUGCAAAACAGGUUUGUCAGGAAGACAUAAGUUUGGGAGGCACGAUCCAUUAAAAAUGAUAUAGAGUUUUUUUCGGGUUACGUAAGUAAGCUGUUGCCUCUGGGAUUUGGCAAGGAAUCAUAAUCCUAAUGUGCUUGAGUAGUUUGUAAUAGUUUCAAAAGAGUUCUGUAUGGGGAAAACCUUUACAAAACCGUACAGGAACAGAAUUGUGAUUAAAAUGUAAAACAAAAUUACCGUGCUUUAACUCAACAGAGCUGAAGUGGUGCUUUGGAACAGCCACGCCUCUUGUUUACCCUGUCUCAGUAUGUAGUAGCUGAAGUUAUGUUGGCUGUUGCAAAUGCCACAAUUAUAUAUGAGUAUCUUAAGAGGAUGUUGCAAUCUGUAAUGAAAGGUGUAUGGCAGUCGUUCCAGAAAAACAGCAUGAGGAAGUACGGACUCUUUCAGACUGUGGAGUGAUUGGCAACUAUGGGGUCCUUUUCCCACCUUCUCAUUUAUCUCUGGCUGACGAUGCCUUUCAGUGCAGCAUUUUUAGACUUUUCAGCCUGUGUCUUCCCUUUUGUCUAUAAAAACAAGACAUACCCAACCUGCACCAAGGAUGGAUCUAGGACAGACCAGCUGUGGUGUGCUACAACAAGUAACUAUGACAAAGGGCACCGGUGGAAACCUUGUUAUGAGAAAGAACAUGGUGGGAACACAGAUGGACAACCCUGUGUGUUCCCUUUUGUUUAUAAGGGACGGAAGUUUUAUACAUGCACAGAUGAGCAUGUGAGACCGCGGAUGUUCUGGUGUGCUACAACAAACAACUUUGAUAAAGACAGAAAAUGGAGCUACUGUGCAGAUACCAUCCUUAUCAAGAAGCCAAGCCAUGAUGCAAAUCCAGAAAGGACUCCCUGUGACCCUUCGGGUGUGAGCUGCCACUAUGGCCAAAACAGAACAGGAAAAUAAAACAGCACUCACUGAAUUCCUAUUGCUGGGGUUUAGAGAUAUUGGAAAUUGGCGGAUUCUCCUCUUCUUCCUCUUCCUCCUGAUCUAUAUUGUGACAAUGGCUGGUAACAUUCUCAUCAUUGUACUGGUUGUGGUUGAUCGGCACCUCCACACUCCUAUGUAUUUCUUUUUGGUUAAUCUGUCUUGCCUGGAGACUUGCUACAGCUCUAAUAUCCUUCCAUUGAUGCUGGCCAACCUUCUCAGUGGGGGUCAAGGAACCAUUUCUGUUACUGGCUGCAUGACCCAAUACUACUUUUUUGGUUUCUUGGCAGUUUCAGAAUGCUAUCUUCUCGCUGCAAUGUCCUAUGAUAGAUAUGUGGCUAUAUGUAAGCCACUGCUCUAUUUAGUACUAAUGAAUGACAGAGUUUGUUUCCAGAUGGUAGCUGGAUCUUGGAUCAGUGGUUCCUUGGCCAUUAAUAUAACAAUAUAUUUAAUGAGCCAGUUACAAUUCUGUGACUCUGGUAAAAUCAACCAUUUCUUUUGUGAUUUCAACCCAAUAUUAAAGAUGUCCUGCAGUGACACACACAUGAUUAAGCUUUUAACUACUCUUCUAGCUGCUAUAUGUUCUCUACCUCCUUUCUUGUUGACUUUGGCAUCUUAUGUUUCUAUCAUAUCUACCAUCAUGGGUAUCCCAUCCGUAAGUGGGAGGCAAAAGGCCUUUUCAACUUGCUCCUCACACUUGAUUGUGGUAGCCACCUUCUACGGCACCAUAAUGAUUGUCUACAUGUUGCCCAAAACUGAUGCACUAAGACACCUCAACAAAAUCUUCUCUCUUUUCUACACAAUCCUGACACCUUUGUUCAACCCCCUGAUAUACAGUUUGAGGAAUAGGGAGGUUAAGAAGGCCCUCAAGAAAGUUGUUGCUAAAUUGUGUGUAUUUGAAAGCAUGUAGGGUUGCAUGUUAAUAAACUUUCUUAUUUAAUGCCAGCUUUGUUCCCAUUGUAGAUUUUUACCUUGUGUGUAUGCUUGGGAGACAACUGUGAUUUCCAAAAUAUAUUUUUAUUGCCUUUUCAUUUUUGGAAAAGAGGUUCACUUUCUCCUUCCAAUUUCAUAUAUUUUUCUUUAAUAAAUACUUGAAUAAACUUGACCUAAAAGUCUGAUUUCAUUUCAUUGUGUUGGAAUUCACAUUUGGAGAAAGGGGGAAGAUUUUUUUCCCCCUAAAAGGGUUCAAAUGAUAUCAACAUUUAAUUUUAUUUGCUUCUGUAAUAGACUAUUCACAUGUAUCCAUCACAUGUCACAUUUUCAUACCAGCCAGAAAGAGUUUGUUUGUAUCAUCAUGUCAAAUCCAACUAAUGACCAAUCUACUAUAUGGGUUUUCUUGGCAAAAUUUGUUCAGAUCUGGUUUGUCAUUGUUUUCCUCUGUGGCUGAGAGAGGGGUUUCUUUAGUCACCCAGUAGAUUUUCAAGCACUGAAUAGAGAUGCAAAUUCUGGUCUCUCAGAGUGCUGAUAUCAUACUCAAACCACUACAUUUCACUGGCUCCAACACUAUGCUGGAGGAGAUGACAAAUCAUUAUUUAUUUUUAUAUAAAUUGAAGAGAGGAAGGCAGAAUAUACUUCUGACACUUUAUCUUGUUGCUUCCCAUUGUUUCAAACAUUUUUUUUCCUGCCAUACAUCACUUUGGGAAUUAUUGGUAAGUAGAAAGAAAAAUUGCCCAAGGACUGCAGAACAAUGUGUUAAUUCCCCUCAUUAUUUCUCAGAAAACCCAGUUCCGCCAAAAUCAACGGGGUUGGGAAGAGAGGCAAAGUUCUUAUAGAGAGGCAAUGCUUUAAUUCUGUCUCUCACAGGGGCACGCUUGCUAUAGUUUAAAAAUAGCAUUAAAAAGAGUACACAGUUCCCCUGUGCUAAUAUAUCAAAGGAAAUUAUAUAUUCCUCCAAGAUGAAACACAUUAAGGAGGGGUGCCAUAGUCCAUGAGAGCAUAAAUAUAAAAUACAAAUGUUCUUAGAUGGAAUAUAUAACUAUGCAGACAGAAUAUCUGUCAGUAUCAGCACUGUGCUGGGUAAUGAAAUGAAGGACUUUGGAACCAGGAAUUUUUGGUGACAAAGAUCACAACACUGCUAGAGAAUACUUCUGAAAGGUAAGUUACUUUCCCCCUCUUCUAUAUAUA